CACAAUGAAAAAAGUUGGGGGCAAGUCGUUGGUGGCCUCGGCGUUGCUGGGUAUGUCUCUUUCACAGCACCAAGCCCACAUUGCAUGAAACUGACAACCAUCAUAUGUGCCAGACUGGUACAAGCCGACCCUCAGAACAUUUGUGCCACCGACAACAUCUGCUACAGCAUCGCCGUUCCCACCUCCUCGGCAAGCUCAAAUUCGGGCAACAUCUACUUCCAGUUGAAGGCGCCAACGUCGUACUCAUGGGUGGCUCUGGGCACCGGCUCGCAGAUGGCUGGCGCCAGCAUCUUUGUCAUGUACCAGGACGGCAACGGCAACGUGACGAUUUCGCCACGCCUGGGAACUGCCCACAGUCAGCCCCAGUGGGACCAGAGCAGCACAGCGGCGCAACUGACGUUGCUCGCUGGAAGCGGUGUUGCUGGUGGAAUCAUGACGGCGAAUGUUGCGUGUGCGAACUGCGAGUCCUGGAAUGGGGGUGAGAUGUCUCUUCAGGGGACCAGCGUGCCUUGGAUCGCAGCCUGGAGAUCGGGAUCUUCGUUGGCGACGACAAAUAAGGGCGCCACCAUCUCUCAGCACGGAGGCAGCGACCAUACCGGGUUCAAUAUCGAUUUGACUACGGCAACCAUCAGCUCCGAUAGUAAUCCUUUCCUUACCUCCCGCGACACUGGUGGUAGCGGUGGUUCCGGUUCCGGUUCCGGUUCACCCGCAGGGGGCAAUGGGAUAACGCUGGCUAGAGGAAACCCCAAUGCCGCCGCGAUUCUCGCAGCUCACGGUGUUAUCGGGGCUUUGGUUAUGGCAGUGCUUUAUCCUUUGGGCUCCCUUCUUAUGCCGCUUCUUGGGAGAUGGUAUGUCCAUGGAGCGUGGCAGGUGAUCACUUUUGCUCUGAUGUGGGCGGCUUUCGGUCUCGGUGUUCAGAGCGCCAAAGACCGGAAUAUGCUCUUCACACAGACGCACACGAUUCUCGGUACCGUGGUUGUUGCCUUUUUUGGGGUACAGCCUGCGCUCGGCUACAUUCAUCAUCGUCAGUAUGUUCAGACGCAGAGCCGCGGUGCCGUCAGUUACGUACACAUCUGGCUCGGCCGGAUCCUGAUGCUGCUGGGCAUCAUCAACGGUGGGUUGGGCCUCCGGCUUGUCGGAGAGCGGCAAGAGCUCGUGAUCGCCUACGGCGUGGUUGCCGGCGUUAUAUUCCUAUGUUAUAUUCUUGCCAAGGUGUUUACGGUUAUUGGGGCUCAGAAGGCACAGGGGAGGAGCUAUAAGGAAGAUCGAGUCCCUGGUAACAUGAGGAGGCCGUACCAAGAGUCGAGGCGGCAUGGUGGGAGGUAUGCUUAG